AUGGAUUUCUACCUACGUUGCAACUCUCUGAAGUGUCGAGCACCAUUGAAGGAGAGGGCAGUCGUCACCACCUCAAAUGAGCGAAGCUGUCCAGCCUGUCAGACCGUUCUCGUGAACCCCGACGACGCGGUAGCAACGGCCCUCAACCCAACGGAAGACUACAAGACCAGUGUUCUGAGCGGGCUUGAUCCGAAUACAAUAAUGGAGUGCGCGGGACGGGCAUUACUCUUCUGGACAUACCAGACUACUCAGGAAAUUUUCUACCAGGAAUUUCUCGCAAAGACAUUGACAGAAAAGUACACCAACCUGAAUACACAAUUGGACAAGGUUGUACACAACGCGAACUCGGAGAUAUCAGCCCUACAAGCCAGAAUAUCAGGUCAGCCUGUCCACAAUAUGGAGGCAGCACAGGACCAACUUCGCAAGAAGAACCAAGAACUUGUCGAUAUGUAUCGAGAAAAGUGCAAGAAGUUCACACAAAUGACAAACCUAUACAACAUACUCAAAUCCCGAGCAAUGCGAUCCCAAAUGCAGACCGCUGCAACAGAUACCGUGUCCCAAGCGCUAGAUUCGCUAACGGCCUCUCGAAACAAUCCAACCGGGCUUGUACCCGGACACUCAGAGUCAUCGAGGCCUCCUCACACUCCAAUGUCUAGACAAUUGAACGUAUAUCCCGUCAACCAGGAAGGCAUGGAACAAUUACAUCGCCAUCAACGGAGCGGAACUGGUAGUUCAAAAGGCAACAAACAGAAAACUGACAUCGCUGCAAUGCCACCGCCUAGUCGUCCUAUAGACUCCCGGAGCAAAUACGAUCAGCCUGGCGCAACACCGCAACAUCGAACGCGUCUCGUGGGUCUGUCACGCCCUUCAACUGGAAGAACAGCACUACCGCAUGAUAGUAUAAUGCUACAGCGUUUCCAAGCUGAGGCUGGCCCAUCUGAUACUCUCCUGGACACGCGAGACCCAACGAGAAGAGGAAACAUCGGCAUGCAACUUCAUAGCCAGAGACACAGUCCCACAAACUGUCCUAGAUUAGGAUCUUUCUUUGACAGUACAAUCAUAUAG